UAUUGGUUAAUCUAUUAUCUUAUCGGUCUAGAAUAUAACCUUGCAUGAUCUAGAAAAUGACCUAAAAUUUAACAAUUCGCUAGUGUAUAAAGAUGGGAAAAUUAACAGGAAAAGUGGCUAUUGUUACAGCUUCAUCUGAUGGUAUCGGACUUGCAAUUGCACAGCGUCUUGCUGAAGAUGGAGCCAAAGUGAUGAUAAGUAGCCGAAAGAAGCAAAAUGUUGACAAAGCUGUGAAAGAAUUGAGAGAAAAGGGAUUAUCUGUGUCUGGAAUUGUUUGUCAUGUGGCCAAAAAGGAACACAGACAGAAAAUGAUUGAACAAACCGUGAACGAGUUUGGAGGGAUCGAUCUUCUGGUAUCAAAUGCUGCUGUCAACCCAAUAUUUGGCCCAAUACUGGAUUCGAAUGAAGACGCAUGGGACAAGAUAUUUGAAGUAAAUGUCAAAUCAACAUUUUUCCUAAUCAAAGAAGUAGUGCCUUACAUAGAAAAACGUGGGGGUGGAUCAGUUGUCAUUGUUUCAUCGAAUGCUGGCUACACGCCUUCAGAGGUUAUGGGUGCGUACUCUAUAAGUAAAACCGCUCUAAUUGGAAUGACAAAGGUUCUUGUGCCACAACUCGCCAGUAUGAACAUUCGGGUAAAUUGUAUUGCACCGGGAGUUAUUAAAACGAGGUUCAGUGAAACUCUAUGGAAAAAUGAGUUUUCAAAAGAGUUUAUGGGACGGAUUCCCCUUAAAAGGUUUGGGGAGGUUCAGGAAUGUGCAGGGAUCGUUUCUUUCUACCUAUCCAAUGACGCCGCAUACAUCACUGGCGAGACUACAGUUAUUUCAGGGGGCAUGUCAGGGAGAUUGUGAUCAAAUUACAAAU